AUAAUACAUACGAAUAACAAUUUAAUAACAUGAUCAUGCAAAAUGAAGGACAGAAUUUGUUAUUACGUUAUGAAUUUAACCCACAAGUUAAUCAUUAAUCCAAUUCUAAACUUCCAGAAAACAACAAGAAAACUUAACAUGAUAAACGUUGAGAAGGAAGGAGCAUAUCAUGGGAAUCCGAAAACUCAUUCAUCAAUAAGAACUUCAAUCAAAAUCAAAACGUAUUCUGCAUUCGGCUCUUACUCGAUACCCCCAUUAUAUUUGAUUACCUGUGUCACCUUUCACCCAUGUCCCCAACUCCUCUCACUCUUCUCUGCGCCCUUCUUCUCACGCUUCCCCUUGCCAUCGUUUUCACCAUUAACACCGACCUGACCACCAUCACCACCACCGUUUCCCCACCACCCCAAUUGCAAAAACCCAACAACAGAUUCAUGGAUGAAGAGAUGGAUGAUAAGUUACUUUUCCAUCUGGCCUCUCGUCUCAACCCCAACCCAUCACCCGCCGGAGCACCCAAGAAGCUUGCAUUCAUGUUCCUCACUACCGACCGGCUGCCAUUAGCGCCACUCUGGGAGCUCUACUUCAACCGCACCAAAGCAAAACACCUAUACAAUAUAUACAUACACGCCGAUCCUAAUCUCCGAUAUGACCUGCUCCUUCAAGGAGUUUUCAGCAACCGCACCAUUCCCUCAAAACCCACCCGCCGCAACACUCCCACACUCGCCGCCGCUCACCGACGGCUACUCGCCCGAGCUCUACUUCACGACCCCGCGAAUUACAUGUUUGCCCUGCUCUCCCCCUCUUGUAUACCUCUCCACUCAUUUGAUUUCACCUAUAAAACACUGAUGAGCUCCAAGAAGAGCUUCAUAGAGAUCCUACAAAACGAGGUUGGCGCGUGGGGAAGAUGGACAGCGCGUGGGGAAACCGUGAUGCUUCCAGAGGUGUCAUAUGAAAGAUUCAGAAUCGGGUCACAGUUUUCUGUGUUGACACGUCAUCACGCCAGGGUGGUUGUUGCUGACACGCGUCUAUGGUCCAAAUUUAAGCUGCCGUGUCUGAAGGAGAACAUAGGCAGGUGUUACCCUGAAGAGAACUACUUCCCUACGCUCUUGUCCAUGGUGGAUAGGAGAGGAUGCGUGCCAGCUACGCUUACCUACGUUGACUGGAAGCGAGGCCAACAUGGUCACCCGUAUACGUUUCAGGCUUCGGAUGUGGGUCCGGAGUUUAUCAAAACACUCCGGGGAGUACGGCCGAGAUACGGUGACGAGGAGAUGAACGGUUCUGAUGCGUCUGUGAUACGACGAAAUGACCCGUUUCUGUUUGCGAGAAAAUUUGGGGCGGAUACGGUGGGCGCGUUGUUGGACAUAGCAGACGACGUCGUAUUGAGGGAGUAGACAUGAGAGUGUUUUUCGUAAAUAAAGGCAAUAACUAAGGGCGAAAGGCGGGACCAAACCCGUGCUUUUGUGCUUUGAUUUAGCAAUACUUUUCUCUAAAUUAAAUAAUUAAAUAACCAUAAAUUUCGUCAAAUAGUAACUAAAUUUAUCUGGAUUGAAUAUAUUUUUUUUUUUUCUAUCAGUUGUAAUUUAUAACUUCAAAAUUUAGUAGUUUAUACAUAAAAUCUUGCUAAUCGAUGUAACUAUAACAUUAAACUAUUCUCUCAAUUUCUCUUUCUAAAUCAGUAAAUGAAUGUCUGAUUUUUAUUCUCAAUUUCUCAUUCUAAAUCAGUAAAUUGAUAUCGGAUACUCUGAUUUCUAUUCUCUCAAU